AAACAAAAAAUUGUGUUUUGUCAUUCCGCCGCUUGCAAAAUUAACAAUCGUCUGCAGAAAUUUUUAUUCUCACAAAUAAUUCUUAUUAAUAUAAAAAAUGCAACUUGAACUAACUAGAGACGUACCGAAAUCUGGUUUCAAUUUUGAAAAUUGCAAAAGAAAUUCUGAUCUUUUGAAGAAUGGAUUCCAACCUCCCAAGACUGUUAAAACAGGUACCACUAUUGCUGGAAUUGUCUUUAAGGAUGGUGUGAUUUUAGGGGCUGACACACGUGCCACCGAGGGACCUAUUGUCUCGGAUAAAAAUUGUUCAAAAAUUCAUUAUUUAGCCAAAAAUAUGUACUGUUGCGGAGCUGGUACAGCUGCUGAUACUGAAAUGACUACCGACAUGAUUGCUUCACAAUUAGAGUUGCAUCGCCUUAACACUGGUCGGCAAGUGCCUGUGGUUGCAGCAAACACUUUGUUGAAACAAAUGUUGUUCCGUUACCAGGGUCAUAUAAGUGCUGCCUUAGUAUUGGGAGGAGUUGACAAAACAGGCUCGUAUAUCUAUUCUAUUCAUCCCCAUGGUUCGACAGACAAAUUGCCUUACGUCACUAUGGGAUCCGGCAGUUUGGCUGCAAUGGCAGUAUUCGAAGCUCGCUGGAAGCCCGAUAUGAGUGAAGAAGAAGGCAAAAAGUUGGUACGUGAUGCUAUUGCUGCUGGUGUCUUCAAUGAUUUAGGUUCAGGUUCUAAUAUUGAUCUUUGUGUAAUUCGCAAGGAUUCUACUGAAUACUUGCGCAAUUAUGAAUUGGCCAACAAAAAGGGAGAAAGACAGCUAAAUUACUCUUUCAAAUUGGGAACAACUGCUAUUUUGGACACAAAGGUUAAGGAAUUUGACAUAACAGAAGAGGUUCACUUUGUACCAAUGGAAACGGCUUAAAUUUUAGUAUAUCUAUACAACAUUCAGAAAAAAAAUUUAUAAAAUUACUUUUUUCACAAUUUCUUUUAAAUAAAAAUGCUAUUCUUUGGAGGAA